AUCCACGGCGCGGUCUACGACAUCACGGCCUUCGCGCCGCAGCACCCGGGGUCGCUGGACACCGUUUUGGACUUCGCGGGCACGGACGCGACGACGUUUUUCGAGGACGUCGGCCACUCGUCCGUCGCGCGGAAGAUCAUGCGGCCCAUGAAGGUC